CUCCCACUCCGCUGUGACGCCCCCUCCAGUCGGACGGCGCACGCUCGGCGUUCUCCCCCCGCAGGACCCCCGCCAUGUCCGCCUCGGACCUGACGGAAAGCUCGGCGUGCUUGUGGGCUGCUGGACGUCAGUGGAUUUAGACGCCGGAGACAAGAUGAAGUUGUGGCCGCUCUCCUCCAUCAUCGUCGUGGCCGCGUCCUGCUGCCUCAGGAUGUCCUCCGCCGCCAUCACCACUCCCAAUGAGUUUGUCUCCUUGGCAGAGAUGGAGGACGCCCUGCUGAAGAACCUCUUCCUGGGCUACCAGCGCUGGGUGAGGCCCAUCCAGCACGCCAACGAGACCAUCAGGGUCCGCUUUGGACUCAAGAUCUCGCAGCUGGUGGACGUGGACGAGAAGAACCAGCUAAUGACAACUAAUGUCUGGCUAUGGCAGGAGUGGAUCGAUUACAAGCUGCGUUGGAAUCCAGACAAAUAUGGAGGCAUCACUAACAUCCGAGUACCAUCAGAGAACAUCUGGCUCCCCGACAUCGUCCUCUACGAGAAUGCCGACGGACGCUUCGAAGGCUCGCUGAUGACCAAAGCCAUCGUCAAGUACAACGGCGUCAUCACCUGGACGCCGCCCGCCAGCUACAAGUCGGCCUGCACCAUGGACGUAACCUUCUUCCCCUUCGACCGGCAGAACUGCACCAUGAAGUUCGGCUCCUGGACCUACGACGGCCACAUGGUGGACCUGGUCCUGGUGGACGAGCAGGUGGACCGCAAGGACUUCUUCGACAACGGCGAGUGGGAGAUCCUCAACGCCACGGGGGCCAGGGGCGACCGCAGAGACGGCCUGUACUCCUACCCCUUCCUCACCUACUCUUUCAUCCUGAAGAGGUUGCCCUUGUUCUACACGCUCUUCCUCAUCAUCCCCUGCCUGGGUCUGUCCUUCCUGACCGUGCUGGUCUUCUACCUGCCCUCCGACGAGGGCGAGAAGCUCUCGCUCUCCACCUCCGUGCUGGUGUCGCUCACCGUCUUCCUGCUGGUCAUCGAGGAGAUCAUCCCCUCCUCCUCCAAGGUCAUCCCGCUCAUCGGCGAGUACCUGCUCUUCAUCAUGAUCUUCGUCACGCUGUCCAUCAUCGUCACCGUCUUCGUCAUCAACGUGCACCACCGCUCCUCCGCCACCUACCACCCCAUGUCGCCCUGGGUCCGCAGCCUCUUCCUGCAGAAGCUGCCGCGCCUGCUCUGCAUGCGGGGUCACACCGACCGCUACCACUACCCGGAGCUGGCCCCCGAGAGCCCCGAGGUCAAGCCCCGGGCCGGCGCUCGCCGGGGAGGUCCGAGGGCGAGCGGAGGCGGGCCGACUGAGGGGAAGGAGGAGGAGGCCUGGGCCGCCAUGUUGGAUAAGGCCAUCUUCUCUGUGCGCUACAUCAGCAGACACAUACGCAAGGAACACUUCAUUCGAGAGGUGGUGCAAGACUGGAAGUUUGUGGCCCAGGUGUUGGACAGGAUCUUCCUGUGGGCCUUCCUGACGGUCUCCAUUCUGGGAACCAUCCUCAUCUUCACCCCGGCUCUCUACAUGUUCUUUAAAGUCCCUCCACCAAUCGCAAGUGAGGACGCGCCUUCAGACUCGCAGCUUUAGUUCCCGUAUUAGUCCGCUAAUCACGAUUAAUUCAUCCUUUUGAUAAUUCUGUGUAUUAGUAUCCUCGCGAUCCGAAGAUAUAGAAGAACAUAAUCCUUUUCCGAGGAACUCAGUCGUUGUGUAACUGACACAAACGGAGUGGACUAUAAACAACUUAGUACUUUAGGCUACAGUCAGAGUAAGUCUAGACAAAUAUGCACCGCUUUUACUCCUUCCAACAUUAUUCUGCCCUAUGCACGCCAUUAUCUACUUGACUUGAGUCCGUCUUAAAUGUGGGCGUUCCCUGUAAAAUAAGUACCUUUUGUAAAUCCAGCGCCCCAAAAAGGUGAAACAUUGUAUUGCGCGUAAAGUUUGGUCGCAAUGUACAAAACCCCCAAACCAGUGAAGUUGGCACGUUGUGUAAAUCGUACACUUCAGAAAACCACCGUCAGUAACUACAGUCGGUCGCAACAUCUAUAAGUUAAAAACUCUACUAUGCAAAGCCAAAGCCAUUUAUCAACAACACCCAGAAACGCCGCCGGCUUCCCUGGACCCGAGCUUAUCAAAGAUGGACUGAUGCAAAGUGGGAAAGUGUUCUGACGAGUCCACAUUUCAAAUUGUUUUUGGAAACGUCGUGUCGUCCGGAACAAAGAGGAAAAUAACCAUCUGGAUUGUUCUAGGGACUGUAAGGCUUGUCCCUGAGAGUUUGGUCUAUGUCUUAGUAAUUCCUCUGCAUUUGUCUUUGUUUCCUGUCUUUAUUUCCUGUCAGCCCUCUUAUUUUGUCUGUUUCCUGUUUUUCUCCCUGGGCGUUGUUUCCCCUUAGGUGUGGCUGAUUGGCACCUGGCCACACCUGGUGUCAAUCAGCCUGGUCCUAUUUUUACCUGCUUUGUCCUCCGGUCAGGGCUGGAUUGUUGUCGUGUCGUCACUACCUGUCUUGUCGCUUGUAGCUUUGUCUACUUCUGUUCACUCUGCUCAUGCCAUAGUUCCGUCGUGUCACAGUAACUGUUUUUGCUCUUAGUCAAGUUUGUUACCCGCCUCGUGCGCGCCUUUUGUUGGUACCCUUUUGGUUUGUUCUUGUUUUAGUGUUUGAUCAAAUCAUGUUUUCUUACGCAAUGCCUGCCUCCUUCUCUGCAUCUUGGGGUUCGUCACCAACAAACUCUGACAGUUCGCAAAGUGUCAAAGGCAGCAUGUGUGAUGGUAUGGGGGUGUAUUAGUGCCCAAGGCAUGGCUAACUUACACAUCUGUGAAGGCACCAUUAAUGCUGAAAGGUACAUAGAGCUUUUGGAGCAACGCAUGUCGUUGUCAUGGACGCCCCUGCUUAUUUUAGCGAGACAAAGCCAAGCCAUGUGUUACAACAGCGUGGCUUCAUAGUAAAAGAGUACGGGUACUAGACUGGCCUGCCUGUAAUCCAGACACUGAAAAUGUGUGAAGGCUAAAAUAUGAGGCAGGAGACUGUUGAACAACUUAAGCUGUACAUCAAGCAAGAAUGGGAAAUAAUUCCACUUCAAAAAUGUGUCUCCUCAGUUCCCAAACCUUUACUGAGUGUUGUUAAAAGGAAAGGCCAUGUAACACACUGGUAAAAAUGCCAGUGUGAAGAUGAAAUAUCUUGUCUUUGCAGUCUAUUCAGUUGAAUAUAAGUUGAAAAGGAUUUGCUUUAUUCUCUUUUUAUUUACCAUUUACACAACAUGACAACUUCACUGGCUUUUGGCUUUUGUACAUCACACGCAAUCAAAGGAUGAAAGAAACUCCCAGAAAACCAUCAAAUCUAUUCUGAUCGCUUCAAGCGAGACAUCUGAAACCAUCCGUUGAGAUCAGGAUAAAAAUGGACCAUAAUUCCACUCUGUAUUAAAUAUCAAAAAACAAAAUUGUUGUCUGGUAAGUGCGACUACAGCAGGAGGGGACCCCGCGUUUAUAUGCUGUGUUUGAACAUCCAGAAUUUUUAAUAAAUACGAUUUCAUCUGGUCAUUGAUCAUUGAACUGU